CAACUGGUGGACCUCCUCAGUUCCGACCGGAGGCCACCAUUCAGUGGAAAAGCAUUCCUUUCCCGGCUUUUCCUCAAGGCCUGUGGCGGUGGCUCGGAACCGAGGACUACAAUAUCCAGUUUCCCUUGCGCGAGAUAGCCCCCUCCUGAGAGGAGAUCGGGCAUUGUGGAACUGGGGAAACCUCAAGAUGGACACCAGAGAUGUUGCAGGAAAAGCGAAUAGGUGGUUUGGGGUUGCACCGCCCAAAUCCGGGAAGAUGAAUAUGAAUAUCAUUCAUCAAGAGGAGUUGAUUGCUCAGAAGAAGAGAGAAAUUGAAGCCAAAAUGGAGCAGCAAGCCAAGCUGAAUCACGUGGGAAAUUCGCAGCCUACACGGUCCAAGGAAGUUGAAAGUGCACAGAACGCAGCGUCUGUUUCUAACAAGUUUGCCAAUGAUGGCAGUUUCCUCCAGCAGUUUCUGAAGCUACAGAAGGAGCGGUCCAGCUCUGAUGCUUCCCCAAGCUCUGCCAGUGGCUCCUCGAACAUCUCCGCCUCAAGUGCUGGGAAGAGACCCAUCUUGAUUGGAAAACGUCCCAGCCUGGGAGUGAGCAGCUCUGUUAAUCAAGUGAAGAACUACUCCCAUGCUAAGCAAACACCCGUUGCUAACCGCCUGAGCGUGUUCCAGUCCCCAGAUGAUGAGGAGGAGGAGGAUUAUGAACAAUGGUUGGAAAUAAAAAUUUCACCCCCAGAGGAUGCAGAGACCCGGAAAGUGGUAGAGAAAUUGGCCAGGUUUGUGGCAGAGGGAGGCCCUGAAUUAGAAAAAGUUGCUAUGGAGAACUACAAGGAUAAUCCUGCUUUUUCGUUUUUACAUGAUAAGAACAGCAGAGAAUUCCUUUACUACCGAAAAAAAGUUGCAGAGAUGAAAAAGACAAAUCAGAAUUCACAGACUCUGUCUUCUCAGAAAGUUUCACCCCCAGAGGAUGAAGAGACCAAGAACUUUGCCGAGAAGCUGGCCAGAUUUAUAGCAGACGGGGGGCCAGAGGUAGAAACAAUCGCCUUGCAGAACAACCGGGAAAACCAAGCUUUCAGAUUUUUGUACGAACCUAACAGCAAAGGCUACAAGUACUACCGCCAGAAACUGGAGGAGUUCCGAAAAGCCAAGGUCAGCGCUGUAGGGGUGGCCCCGGGGCCCGACCCCAGCCUGAAGCGGAAGAGCCCACCCAAGGUACCGCCUUCCACUCUGUUUCCUUCCCCUUCGUCGUCCUCGGCCUCGCCGGCCUCCCAGGCCCACGGAAAACCGGCCGCCGCCUCCGCCGCUACCAAGAAGAAGCGGAAGAGCAGGUGGGGCCCCGAAGAGGACAAGGUUGAGCUGCCUCCACCUGAGCUGACCCAGCAGAACAUGGACACCUCCCCCUCCCCUCUGUCAGUUCAGGAUCUCAAAGGGCUCGGUUAUGAGAAAGGGAAGCCUGUCGGCCUGGUGGGAGUAACAGAACUCUCUGAUGCUCAAAAGAAACAGCUGAAAGAGCAGCAGGAGAUGCAGCAGAUGUACGACAUGAUAAUGAAGCACAAGCGGGCCAUGCAAGACAUGCAGCUCAUGUGGGAGAAGGCGAUCCAGCAACACCAGCACGACUACGACAGCGACGAGGAGGUGGACAACGAGCUGGGGACGUGGGAGCAUCAACUCCGGCGCAUGGAGAUGGACAAGACGCGAGAGUGGGCCGAGCAGCUGACGAAAAUGGGCCGAGGGAAGCACUUCAUUGGCGAUUUCCUGCCCCCCGAUGAGCUGGAAAAGUUCAUGGAGACUUUCAAGGCAUUAAAGGAAGGCCGUGAGCCAGAUUACUCGGAGUACAAAGAAUUCAAGCUGACGGUGGAAAACAUUGGCUACCAGAUGUUGGUGAAGAUGGGCUGGAAGGAGGGCGAUGGCCUUGGUUCGGACGGGCAAGGCAUCAAAAACCCGGUCAACAAGGGCACCACCGCCGUGGACGGGGCCGGAUUUGGGAUCGACCGACCGGCCGAGCUCUGCAAGGAAGACGACGAGUACGAGGCGUUCCGGAAAAGGAUGAUGCUGGCCUACAGGUUCCGGCCUAACCCCUUGAACAAUCCAAGACGACCUUACUACUGA